AUGCCGUACUGGUUCUUAACGCUCGGCCGAACCACACACAGGUCUCACGGUUCGGCUUUACUGUGA